UACCGGUCAGUGGCGAGGCUACAUCAGUCUUUCAGUCUCCACGACAAAGAACAAACCUCCUUCACAUCAACACAGACUUCUCCAGAAAAUCUGAAAGACUCGUGCAGUCCAGCCAGGAUACGCCAAAUUGUAGUGGACAUUUUACAACACUCGCAGACUCGUCCUCUGAAGGGAACAAUCAUGGGAUUUAAAGGAGCCAUGAAAACGUUUUCAAAGAAACUAGGAUUUAAAAGCAGUGGCUCAAAGGCUGUAGAAGCUGAACUUGAGAAAUUAAAGAAGGAAAAUGCCCAGCUGAGGAUGACUUUGGAGGACAUGUCGAAACAAAAUGGAAGGCUUUAUCCUGCAUGUCCUGAGUCAGAUGAAGCCAAGCUGCUGGAGGUUCCUUCAGAUGAGAUCGCCAUUCUCAAGGAGCAACUGCGAGAUGCUCAGGAAAAAAAUCAGAAAUGGAAAGUUUAUGACCAUGAGAGAGAGUCCUGUAUGCAGUGGAAUCUGGCCAGACGUAUAGAGCUCGAGCAGCAGUUAAACCAAGCCCAGCGAACACUAGAACAACAGCACGAAGAGACCAAAUCAGAAGGUCAGUCACCUGCCUCCAUGCAGCAGGAGAAGCAGCUGCAGGAGAGCCAGAGGGAGAUGGAGGAGGAACGCAAAAGGGCGAGCCGCCUACAGGUCGAGUUGGUGGAGCUGAAAGCCAAGUAUGAAAAGAAGAGCCGUGAGGUGGUGCGAGUCCAGGAGGAGCUGCAAGUGGAGCGUAGAAGUUGGAGACAAACUUUAGCUUUACGGCAUGAAGAUCAGAAAAGAAUGGCUGAUUUAGAGCAACAGGUCCAAUCGUCUGCUAGAGACUUUGAGAACGAGAAACAGGACCGACAAAGUCUACAGCACCUGCUCCACAAAGUGCUGAAGGAGCUUCGCAAGGCUAGAGACCAAAUCACACGCUUGGAGUCGGCAGAAAUCCACGUUCAUCAAAGUAUCACUUUUAAAAAAAAGAAACUGCAGCGAGAAACUCGGUUCUCUGAGCCAAGCUCAUGCACCAGGCUGGAUUUGAAUAAGACGACCAAUCAGGACCGUAUCCUGAACCCCACAUCUCCAUUAAAGAGCUCCAACACAUUGGAUGAGCGCUUUCUGGACUGUCCCAUCUGCAGCGCCUCAUACCCUGUCAGCCAGCACAGAAAGCUCCUUGAACACAUUGACUACUGCUUUAAUUAAGGGAUUGGGGCUUGAUAUUGCUUAUAUUUUCCAUUUUUCCUCUUUUUUAUGUCUUUUUAUAUUUUUGUAUUCCAAAUCAAAUUUCCACUGUUUUUUCAUUUAGUUUUGGAUUAAUCAAUGGUGUGCUUGAUCGGCUUUUGAGUAUUUGCAAAGGUACUGCCUUUACAUUAAUGUGGAGCAUAUUUAAAGUACAUUUUAACUUCUGGUCGUUCUGGUUGGGUAACUGUAAUGUGCCCAAGUGGCAAGUUUUCUUCCCUGGUAUUACCUCAAAGGUGUUGAAGUGGCACAGGAUAGACUCACUUUCAGUAAUCUGUCCUGAUGCUGGAAAUCAGAUCUGUCUUGAAUUAGACUGCAUGUGUGUAAAUCCUUGUAUUAGACCGAAUAAUGAAAACAAAGCAAACCAUCCAAAAUCACUGAGCAAACUCGUGGUCAAAAAACGGACAAAAGACAGACAGUCAGCAAACAGGACAAACUAGGUCAGGCCAUAAACACGGGAACUUUGGACAGAAACAGGAUCAAACGAGGAAUGACACACAAAGAGAAAACACGGCUUGGUAAUGUCAGAACACAUGUUAAGCUGAGCUUAUACUUUGCAAAGAAUGAAUGAAUAAAGGUCUCUUUUAAAGGGUGCUUGUUUGGUGAUUCAUUUGGGGUGAAUUCUCCCAUCUUGUGCCCAGUGUUACGUUUCAUACAGUUGAUUGAGACCCUGACUAGGAUAAAGCAGUAAAUAAAGAUCAAUGAAUGAUGAAUGAUCAACGUUUUAGUGACUGUAAGGUCUUUCCUCUAAAUUCCACUGCAGUGGAAAAACAUGCUGCUGAGGAUGAGAAGAAGCUUUUAGUUACAGUAGUACUGUGUACUGCAUGAAUCCUAAGUGCACACCAAACAGCUUUCAAAAUGACUUCUGUACCAAUCACAGUACAGUUCUUUUAUGUUACAGUAGUGCAGACAGAACAAAUGGCACUUAAUCAAAAGGAUAUUGUUAGUAAAAGUUAGAAAAAAAAAUCUGUUUACACAUCAAUACACUAUAUGGUCAAAAGUAUGUGGACACCUGACCAUCACACCCAUAUGGCCUUCCCCAAACUGUAGCCACAAAGUUGGAAGCACACAGCUGU